AUGAAGCUCCGGCGCCAUAUGAUCAUUGGCUGCCCCCAAAACCACCAGAAAGAUGUGUUGCCUCGUGUACCGAAUCAAUACGAUGUGUUCAUCAACCACAGAGGAAUAGACACAAAGCGGAACAUGGCCAGCUUACUCUACCAUCAACUCUCUCGGCUCAACGCGCGGCCUUUCCUCGACAAGAACACCAUGAAGCCGGGGGACAACCUGUUUAAGGGGAUCGAAAAUGCCAUAAGAGAUUGUAAGGUCGGAGUUGCAGUGUUCUCACCCCAUUAUGGCGAGUCCUACUACUGCCUCCUCGAGCUUGCCCUUAUGAUGGAGUACAAGAAAAAGAUAAUUCCCGUGUUCUUUGAUAUUAUGCCUGCGGAGCUACAAAUCGUAGAUCAUGAAGGAAUAUAUUGCACGCCGGAUGAGCUAGAGAGGUUUAACAGGGCUCUCGAAGAGGCUAAAAGCUCAGCCGGUCUCGUGUUCAACUCUUCAAAUGGGAACUGGUCAGAUGUUCUAACGAAAACUACCGAUAUUGUUAUGAGGAGCUUGACAGAGGUCGAGGGUGAACAACAGAAGCAUUGGUCCUUAUGA